AUGGAAGAUAUUAUUAUUUCACUUGAACCAGCAUUUCAUCGUGUCGAACGAUUUAUUUUAUGGCAUAAUCGAUAUGCAAGUUUACUUGCAUUUUUUCUUGGCCAUUGUAUUUUUUAUGCUAUAGCAAAAGCUGGUUUACGGCCGUUUUGCGCCGUUAUGCUUGUUGUGCUAGUAUUUCAUGUACUUGAUUGUUUAAAAAAGAAACGAUCACAUGCAUUAGUCAAUGGCGAAGAAAAUUUAUCUGAAUUGACCAAGUUCGUUUUACGCUCAUAUCGUCAUGUAUGUGCAACGCAUGAAAAAUUGAAUACACUUAAAACUGACAAUCGUGUAAAAUAUUCAAUAACUAUUAUUGUUAUUUGUCUUAUACUUGCAUAUAUUGGUGUGAAAAUAAAUGGUUUCUAUGUAUCAUAUAUAAUUAUGUUAAUACUUUUUACAUUACCUGCUAUUGUUUAUCAUAAGUUAAUACCGAAAUUACUUCAACGUUUAGCACCCGUACUUGAACAACUUGAUCAAUCGAUGGAAUAUAAACGACGUUCAUUAAUUGAUCGAAAAGAGUUACUGGUUAAAAUCGAUACAUCUGCAAAUAAUUAUGAGGACGAAGAUGAUGAUGAUGUUCGACGCUUGAAACAACAACAUGAUAAAUUACGGCAAGAACAAUUACAAACAAAUCGGCGUUCUCUAAUUUCGACCGAUGAAGAAGAUCUCGAUGAAGAUAACGAACUCAAAUUAAUUGAAUCCAACGAAGAAAGUCAGACAAUGUUGAAUUUUCGACAACGAUAUGAAAAUGAAAUGGACAAUAAUGAUGAAAGCGAAACCAUACUAAAUUUUCGGCAACGUCUUCAUAACGAUACCGAUGUAAACGACAUAGCUCUUGUACCAAAACAGGCAAGUAUAAGUGAUGCAAGUUUCGAUAUGAUUAGUGAUUCAUCAUCAUCGACUGCCGACGAUGAAUCAGCUCGUAUAAGCGAAUUAUAUGCUAAUGUUGGCGAUCAAUUCGAUGGUAAACAUCGUAUUAAAAUCAAGGGUGAUGAAUUCAAAAUCAAAGGGCGUCCAGCAAAGCAACGACCGAAAUUAAUGGAUGCUCAAUUUUUUCAAUCAAACAUGGAUGACAAUAACGAUAGAUAUAUAAAUAAACCAUCGGCACCAACAUUGAUUAAUACAGCAUCGAAUAUGCCGACUAAUGAACCGGAUUUAACGAGCUUCGAUUUUCUCAAUGAUUACGAAGAAAAAGCAUAA